AUGCAUUUACACAUAGCUACCAAAUCUACACCGUCCGCAGAAGAUACCGCUGCUGCCGUUGCUUUGGCUACAGAAGCGACUACUGCCAAAAUAUCCGAACUUGCCGUCCAACUCCAACAACAAAAGGACGAGUAUGAAGGACGACUUGCUACCUCUGAUGAUGAGCACAAACGAUUGCAUGAGAACAUAGAAUACCUGCGAAACGAAAAUGAGACAUUGCAAAAGGAGCUGGUGGAGAAAGAUGAGAGCUUGGAGAAAUUUUCGCUAUCAGCGUGUGGCAUACAAAAUCUGCGACAUGAAUUGGAUCUGCUUAAGGAAGAAGCCGAGAAGGAGCGCCAACAAUUGCAGGCCGAUUUUGCGCUUAAACUGGGGGAAACGGAUUUGUUGUUAGACACGCUACGCGCCGAAAUAACAGCGCAGAAAAAUUCGCUUACAACGCUAGAAAGCGAGCGAUCCAAUGUUGAAGAUGAAUGCGAAAUCCUCCGUACCGAGUGCAAAAAUCGUGAUACACAGCUGCAGGAUAUUAACGAACAAUUGGCAAAAUUGAAGGCGGAGUACAGCAUGCAGAAGGCAGAGAAUGCGACAUUGGAGGAACUGUUGAAGACGCAACAGGCGGGCUUUUUGCAGGCGAAGACGCAGUUGGAAGAAAAUCUAUUAGAAAUGGAGAAAUUAAAUGGGAAUAUAGUUAGCUUGCAGGAGGUGAAGGAACUGUCAGAAACGCAGCUGAAAACGGCCAAUGAAGAAGUAAAACGCUUGACUGAGCUGAAGAAGAGUUUCGAGGAGAAGUUGCAGGCUGCGACUAGCGCCGAUCAAGAAAAGCUAGUGGGCAUAACGCAGCUGGGUAUGGUUAUGGAAGAAUUGAAAAAACAGAUUAGUGAAAUUACAGUGGAAAAUGAAAAGCUAAAGGCCGAACUGAAGAAGCAACAGGAAGCCAACACUGUCGCCAAUUCUUCAGAAGCAGAGCUGCGAAAACUGUUGGAAGAAAAGGAAAGAAUGUAUAGAGAGCAACUUAAGGAGUUAGGAAAGACAAGUACGAAUCUGGAAGAGCAACUGAAAGGCGAGCAACAAAAAUCGCAGGCAAGCUUAACAGAAAAGCAGAAGGAGGUGGAGGCUCUCAUCAUUGAAAUCACCCAACUGCAACAACGCGUAAAGAGUUUGGAAAGCGAUUCAUCGGCAAGUGUACAACAAUUAAGCUCCAGAAUCAUCGAACUCGAAUCGCAAACAAGACGGCUCGAGGACGAUGUCAAAUCUAAGGAAGCUGCGUUGAAAGAAAAAACAGAGGCACAUGCGCAGCAGGAGCGUCUACUUGCUGAGAAAAUCGAAAGUUUGAAUUCGACCUCAACUGCGUUAGGCACUACAAAUAAUCUGGCGAGCAAACUGAGGCAGGAACUUGAGGCAGCUUUAACCAAUUGCGCUGAGUUUGAGGCCAACAGCAAGACACAAGGUGAGCUCUGCGCUAGCCAAAAACUUGAAAUCAGCGAUAUGACACGCAAAUUAGAUAGUCUAAGCACAAAAAGUGAUAUGCUGCAGACACAUAACGAAGCGCUGGAGAACGACGUACGAGCCGCGCGCUCGAACUGCACCGAGCUUCAGUCCGACCUGCGAAGACUUAAUGAAGAACUUGCCACACGUCAAAAGCAUUUACUCGAAUCACAAACGAACAGGAACGAUGAACGAUUGAAAUUAGAAAUCCAGCUAGAAGAGAUCAACCAGAAAUUAUUGACGACAACGAAACAACUGGGAGAAUCCCACGUAAUUUUGGAACGAACCCGCAACGAACUAUCAAAAAAGAACGAACAAUUGGCUAUUUUCGAGGAGAAGGCGAUCAAGCUAGAGCUGGCACUCAGUGACGGUCAACGGCAAUUCGAGAAUUUGCAAGGUAAAUAUGAAUCGCUGGCCACACAAAAUAAGGCACUGGAGGAAGACUUGAACACGCUGCGUACAACGUCCACUGACUCGAAUAGUGAGCUGUUGAAAAUAACACAGCAAGCGGCAGCAAAACAGAAAGCUUACGAUGAACUUUUAGAUAAAACAAACACGGAGCGCGGCGUUCUCCAGGGGCAGCUUCAGGCGAGUCAACAGCGCAUCGAUGCCUUGUGCAGCCAAGUAGAAACGCUUACACAGGAGAUGAAAAUCGCGACAGCGGAUAGCUUUAAGCGAAAUGAAUUACUCAAGCUGGAGCAAGAAAAGUGCGGCAAACAGGAACUCGAACUGGGCGUAUUAUCACGCAAGCUUGAGGCGCUCUUUUCAAAAUACACUGGGUUAGAAGCCGAAAAUAAGAAACUUCAGCAGGAUUUGGAUUUCUCGCAGGACGGCUCGACCACCCUAAAUGAAGUUGUAACAAAACUGAACAAUGAGCUUACUAAGAAUAAGAAAUUGCUGCAGGACCUUACAGAUAAGUCAGCCGCAGAAUGCCUCCAAUACGAAAAUCAGGCGCAAGAAUUAGAACAGCGUCUUCAAACAAGUAUUCAGGAUGCGGAUGGGCUGCGCAGUCAGCUGCAAGUGACAGUGGAAUCAAAAACUGCACAGGCUAAAGUGUUUGAAGCGCUACAAUCAAAACUUCAGACUCAGUCAGCACAGCAGUUGAGAGAUUUAGAAGAGAAGGAAGCUGGAGAGCGGAAUAAGAUUAUCGAAAAUUUCGAAGCGCAGCUCAAAAGUGCAGAACAGACGAAGAGCAGAUUGGAUGAGGCGAUUUCCAGUUUGCAGCAUCAAAUAAAACUCUUGCAAGAUGAGUUGCUGAAAUCCCAACUGGACUUCAAAUCAAAAGAGGAGGAGCUCAGCAAGCAAAUAACUAGCUUGGCUAGUGAGAGUGAGAAGCAGCGGGAGUUCUUGCAGCAAGCACAAAUGGAGGGUUCGAGUACACUCAGUAGCGUGCAGCUGAAAAAUGCAGAAUUACAAAUGAGUAUUGACAGCUUGCACGCUGAGAUGGUCACGAAGGAAGAUCAACUGACGAUAAGUCGUAACGAAACCGAGCAGUUGAAAUUGGCACAGUCCAAUGCACUUGAGGAUACCAAAAAGCUGCAAGAGCANAAUAAAUCCUACACACAGCCUAAAGCAUUUGAGCUGAUCGCGAAACGGAAGCCAGCACCACGUGUAUUUUGUGAUAUAUGUGAUGAAUUCGACAAACACGAAACCGAAGACUGUCCCCUUCAAGCAUCCGAUGAUCGCGACUACUCACCUCCUCCGCUGAACGAUCCAGCGAAGAAAAAGGAUCGCAAAUUGCCAGAACCGCGAAAAUACUGUGAAACAUGCGAAGUUUUUGGCCACGAAACCGGAGAGUGCGAUGAUGAUGAGUGGUAACUGGGUCUAUGAAUAUCCAUAUCGACUAUACGCUUUCAACCUCAUGAUAUUGAAUUUUUCGAUCCUUUGCGAUAUUAUAACAAUUUUUAUUAACAUUUGUUACCGUAUAACUUAGAACCACGGGAACCGUUUUCAAUAAUUAUUAUUUUUUAUCAAGGGUGGUUUGGUUUAGUUCCGUUCAUUAGGUCAUGAAGAAAUUAACGGUACUCCUAAAUUUUGAUAUGAGCAAUGAAGUCGGUUGUGUUUUUUCUUAAAAAAAUACUUGUUAAUACAUAAUCUCCAUUACAACAGAUUCUGCGUUUGUGAUAAUCAAGGAAGAAAUGAAAAUAUAUUGUUAUAAAUCCUACUUGGCCACACAGUUUGCUACAUAUGUACAUAUAUUGCUAUGCUUUCAUUCGAGAUAUGUACGUACACGUAUACGAAAAUGCAUCAGUGUUAUUUACUUUAUACUAUUGUAUUAAAAUAAACUAUUAAAUAUCGUUUACAAAGAA